AAGAGUUCCAGGACAGCUACGACUACAAAGAGAAACCCUGUCUCGAAAAGACAAAACAAAUAAAAAGUCCAGAAGUAAAGAAUUGACGCAUUUUAACUUGUGCACUGCUUUCUGGUUUCAGCUGUAACUUCUGUUUUCCACUGUGGCAUGGUACAAUCUCACAGCUUCUGACUGUGUCCCACCUGGGACAUGAGUCAUCCCUCUGGGGUGUCCGACUGUGUGUACUCUCUCUCCAUUAGUCACUCAGAAGACAUCUUGGUUAUCAGAUUGGUAGCCAUGGUAACACAAUUCUUGUAUUUAAGCAGUCCUUACUUUGUUUAAUAAUGACUCCAAGACCCAGGAGUACUGAUGCUAAACACAUCAGCAUGUCAGGGAAGAAAAGCUAUGUGAGAAGCUAGAAGUUACUAACUUUGUCACAGAAGUCUGUACACGUAAGAGAAAACAGGGCUUCUAUAGGAUUAGUGUUUUGAAGUAUCCUCUGGGGGAUCUUAGACCCAUUCCCUGAGGAUAUAGAGACACUGAUACGGAGGAAACUGUCUCAAACGUCUCUCCAAUGUCUGCCGUCCAGAUCAACACUCGGUGCAUUUUCCUUAACUCCAGGAAGUAACUUCCUGUGUCUUCCCAGGGUGACUUUUUUUUUAAAUUUUUAUCACCAUGAAGAGAUCUUCUUUAGUCACUUUAAAUUUUGUGUGGACGGAUCAUGAGUAGGACUCCUUCCCCUGUGGACACGUGUCUCGCCACACCUACCCCGUCUGUCUUCUCCCUUUGACAGAAGGUGAGAAAAGCUUGGAGGUGUGCUGGGUGUAUCUGGGCUUUCUGUUUACAUGAACAUCUCUAAUUUCACUCCUGUCACCAAUGGCAAUAAGCAGAGAGCAAACAGAGCUAAAUGACCAAGGUCAGAGAGCUCAUAACAUCUUGAGCUUAAAUCCAGGACUUUGAAGGUCAAGCAGGUUCCUCCCAAAUUCAGCUGUGUCUGUGACUGGUGGAGGAGGGAUAGUCUCUCAGCUGUGUCUGUUACUGGUGGGGUAAGCGCUCUCUUGGCUGUGUCUGACUGGUGGGGGUAAAUGGUCUCUCAGUAACUGUCGAUUUGGACCCACUAAGCACCUGCUCCCUCCCAUAGGAACUCAGGAUGCCAUCACUAGUGCAGAAACCAAAAGACUAGGUGAGGUCUCGCCAUCCACUCUGGCCUGGCCCUCUCAGGUAGGCUUUUCUGGAAGGCAGGACCACAGAGCCACGGGUUAGUAAGAAUCAGGGUUAGGAUUGGCCACUGCCCCAAGAGGGGAUGUGGGGUAGAUCCUAGCAGUGUUGGCCAUGGGUACGAAGUGUAUGCCCUGUGCAGACAGACCUGGUGUCAUCUACUUGGUGACAUGGAAGAAACCCAAAUUAGACUGCUGUUUCAUACUGACUUCCAUACUUGGGGAAUGAAUGGGUAUAGACUUCUUAGAUGUUCGUCUCCUACCUGCAUUUGGGGUUGGAUACAUAUUUGAGAGUUCCAGGACUUUCUAUGCUUACAGUUCUGGUAAGACCCACUGUUGGUGCUUGAAGGACUUACAUGACAGGAGAGCUGGCAUGUCUCAGGAAGUGACUUCCAUGUCCUGGGAAUAGGCUCUCCCUGUCCAUGCCUGCUAGGCCCCACGUCAGCUCUGAGGACUUCUGGAUAACAAGAUUCCAGAGUCCAGGCCACCUUUCCCACCAUCGCUUUAAAGGAAUCGUGGUGCUUCCCAUGGGCCAGGCACCAAGGAUGACGGGGUCGAAGGAGCCACUCUCAGUGCAGAUCUGCCUAGAGCCCUCAGCCUUGGCCUCCGCCAACCAGGUUCCUCUGCAUCUGGAUGCUGUUCUGGGCACCACCCGCAGGGAUGGGAGCAACUAACCAACUGGCCUUAAUCAAUGCAGAGUCUCUAAGGACCAGAGUAUCUACAGCAUAGUCUAAGGACGUCUACUCCAUUCCCUACCCUUACACAUGGCUUUUGGACUGCUGCCGCCCAAGGCCUGUGUACCAAGAGGGAGACAGGCACUGGAAACUCAAGCCCCUCCCUCCUCUUGCUCUCUUUCCAAGAUAAAUCAGACAAUCUGACAGGCAAAUAGGUUUCUCUCCCGCACAGAAAAUACCAAUGUCUGUAAUAUUAUUAGACACUCAGGACAUAAGUACUGCCCGAUGAGGGCCAGAACAACACCAGCUGGCCUUGAAGCCCCAGACAACCUGAGUAUUGCAUUGGUCAUGAUCUUGUUUGAAGAGGACAGUAAGUGAUUUGCAAGAUAGGCCUGAACUGGCUCAGGCCCGGUCCGGGAUGCUGCUGCCUUGACUCCCUGACCCAGGCAGCUUGGGACCAUGCUCUACAUCUGCUGAAGUCAUCAACAACCUCGGUGAUUGCUUAACCAAGAGUAGAGCCUGUAUUGAUCUAAGCUAAUGGCUUGUAGGCAGGCAGAAACUAAAAUUUAUAAUUGAUAUUGAAUCACAUUGAUGCACCAGCUGUAGGCUUUUGGUGAAUGGGUGGAUGGGAAUGAAGCAAUCAGCUCUGUUGGCCCCGGUGCCGGGAGUUCCCAGACAAGAUUCAGAAGGGUUCAGAAGAGGGGAAGGCAGCUUCAAGAGGCUGGGCCGGCAGAGCGGAGGAUCAGUGCCAAGUCCACCACUGCUCUCUGUGUGCGUGUGAGCAGUUUGUUCCUUCCAUGCUUGACAGUCUAGGAAGUGACUAGGAUUAGCUUCUUUUUAUGAAUGGGAGUCUGGGGCUAGGAUUAGCUUCUUUUUAUGAAUGGGAGUCAGGGGCUCCUCCGUUGAGCUACCGAGCUAGAAAAUACUAGAAAACUGUAGCUCCACGUUUCUAAGCUCCUGUUUGUCGAGUCUCCAAUUACACAGGCAUCAUCACCAACCUCACUGGCCCUUCCUUAACUUCUGUAUAGUGUGGAUAGAGGCUGUGGGUAGGAUUCCAACUGGGCAUCCUGAUGGGUGCUCAGGAAUGGUUUCUCCAAGAGCAAGGAUAAGAGCCUAGGAGCCAGGCAGAUGUUCUGAGUUAUGGCCCCUCUUCCUACCUCCUCUGUCUCCCUCCCCCAUGUCUACUCAUUCUCCCUCUGGGCAAUUCCCUUCACUCCCCACCCUCCCCUGCACAACCGGUAUACAACCUCAGUCUGCUGCCGCCUCAGCUGGGGCCUUCCUGCCUCCUCCAGCUGCCUUUCCCGCCCGGCCUGACCCCGGGCUUCGCCUGUUUCUUGCUCCUUUCCCUGUGGGUGCCAAGAUAACGGCAGUGUUUGUGCCCUGUCCAGCUCUGCCCAGCAGUCACCUUCCCCCAGAGUCCCCAGUGCUGAGCACAGAGAAGGCCCCUGCAUUCAAAUACUGGAUACAUGAAAAUGAGACCGUAUGCAGCAGAACUUUGGGGUGCACCUGUGUGGGAGUAAACAGGAAGAAGUUCGGGUAUCCCCUGGCCUCGCUACCACAUAGCCUAGCCCGCCCCCAGAAAAGCAGGCCAGCUGAGCCAAGUAGGCUGACUUUUAAGAAUGUAAUCUUUUGUUCUAUUGACCCUUUAAAUCUUCAAAACAAUCUUUAUGAAAAGUUGCCAGAAUUUCCCAGGCUACCUCAUUACUAUUUUAAAAGUUAUGAUUUUCCAUUGAUGGGAUUAGAAAAUAGGUUUUCCCAUUGUUCCCUUGGAAGUUCUCCAGGCAGGGAAGAGCGUCCCUUUAUGAGGGCCCAGCUAGGUGUCUACACCUUGGGAAGGUGAAGGAUCCAGGUAAAGACAGAUGUCCAAACAGAGCCUAGACAAAACACUAACAGUCCAAAAAAAAAAAGAAAGAAAAAAAAAGUAGAGGCACUCAGAGCCUCUGUGCGAUAAAUCCUCUGCCGCAGCUCACUCCUGAGACAGCCCAGGACCCUAGUAGAGCCCCUCAACCUUGGCUACAAAUUGCAUUAAGUUUAUAAAACAUCCCAUUGGCCCCUCCCUGGUGCCCUUCCAUUACCUCACCCCUCUCCCCCCAAUCAAUCUUUCGACCUCAAUACUUACCCUUUAAAUCAAUUCAGCUCUGAGAUUCAUCUUGCCAUUUCCCCAGCCCGCUUUAAAAUCCCAUCGACUCCAUAAAUCACUUGUGUUCCUGCUCUCCUCCUGCUCCGUACUCUGGUGCUGCACUCACGCAGGGCCGCACUUACACAGCUGCAGACACACACCCCCGCAGGCCUGCUGCAGGGUGCUCAGCCCCAGCACAUGUGGUCCAGAGCACUGACAGGUCAGUCGCUGCUGCAGCUGGGCUGCCUCGAGGCCUUUCCAAAGCUCCUGAAAGUCACUGAAGGCGUCCAAUGAGGGUCUCGAAAGUAGACCCGAAUGAAGGACUCACACGCAGGUUUCGUUAAACAGGUUCCCUGGCUGGUGGAGAGCUGAGGAGGGUCGUGAACGGGACAGAUUCUAGAGGAGGAAUGGGACCCAAGCCAUAAAAGGAGGUCUUUGCCUAAGCCCCAGGGAACUCAGCUUUGAGCAGGGUUACCUGCUGAGGAUGACAUAUAUUCCCAGGCACUCCUAAUCCUCCCAUUCGGGGUAAAGCAGACUCUAGCAGCCAAAGGACAGUCUGGAACAAUCUGACUGCCGUGAGAAUCCCCCUGGGAGUGGACUGUGUCUAAUUUGAAGCCCACUGGGAGAGAGGAAGCAUGAAGAUCCGAAGAGGGAUCCAAGAGAAUUUGGGCAGAGCUGCUGCCCAACCCAAUUUGAAAGGCAUCUUAGAACAUUCUCAGAAGAAUUCCUUAGCAUCAGUCACCCUAGCUCGCUCCAAGAGCCUGGUGAUGGGGGAGCAGAACCGGAGCCCGGGGAGGUCCCCGGCCCCCCACAAGCUGGGCCCUGUACUCAAGGCCGGCUGGCUGAAGAAGCAGAGGAGCAUCAUGAAGAACUGGCAGCAGCGAUGGUUCGUGCUACGUGGGGAUCAGCUCCUCUACUACAAAGACAAGGACGAGAGCAAGCCCCAGAUAUGUAUGUUUUCUGGAAGCAGAAAACUGACUCUGGGAUUUAUUUCUCUACAAGGGACGCAAGUGACCGAACUUCUUCCAGACCCUGAGGACCCAGGGAAGCACCUGUUUGAGAUCACACCAGGUGGUGCCGGGGAGCGAGAGAAGGUGCCAGCCAACCCUGAGGCGCUCCUGCUCAUGGCCAGCUCCCAGCGUGAUAUGGAGGACUGGGUACAGGCCAUCCGCCGUGUCAUCUGGGCCCCGCUGGGCGGAGGUACUUCCCGUAGCUCGCAUGCCCACCCUGUAGAACCCUUGUCUGCAGGGAUCUUUGGGCAGCGGCUGGAGGACACGGUGCACCAUGAGAGGAAGUAUGGUCCCCGUCUGGCACCUCUGCUGGUGGAGCAGUGUGUGGACUUCAUCCGGGAGCGAGGACUCAGCGAAGAGGGUCUCUUCCGUAUGCCCGGCCAGGCCAACCUGGUGAGGGACCUGCAGGAUUCCUUCGACUGUGGAGAGAAGCCACUGUUUGACAGCACCACAGACGUGCACACAGUGGCCUCCCUGCUGAAGCUCUACCUCCGGGAGCUCCCAGAGCCCGUCAUCCCUUUCGCCAGGUAUGAGGACUUCCUCAGCUGCGCCCAGCUGCUCACCAAGGACGAGGGGGAGGGGACUCUGGAGUUGGCUAAACAAGUGAGCAACCUUCCUCAGGCCAACUACAACCUGCUCAGAUACAUCUGCAGGUUUCUGGAUGAAGUGCAGGCCCACUCAAAUGUCAACAAGAUGAGUGUCCAGAACUUGGCAACAGUCUUUGGCCCUAACAUCCUUCGGCCACAGAUAGAGGAUCCAGUGACCAUCAUGGAAGGCACUUCCUUGGUUCAGCAUCUGAUGACGGUCCUCAUCCGCAAGCACGGACAGCUCUUUGCCGCAGCCUCCCUUGAAGAACCUGCUUCCCCGCCUGCCGCUGUCCAGCGCACAGUAGAGUGGGGCUCCGAAGAGGUCUCCAGUGACCACCAGGGUGAGCCUGGCAGCCCUGGCUUGCCCACACACAGGACCUCGUCUCUGGAUGGGCCAGCCGCAGCAGUACUCUCUAGAACUUCUCCCCAACACCUCGGCAGCCAGACAGGUCCUGCAGCCACCAGCCCCGGGAAGAGGAUGCAUAGUCUGCCUGGCUGGAAGCCCUCCUUCCGGCAGGGGUCCCGGUCAGAGAGCCCAAAGGGGGGCAGUUCGUCCUUAGAGGUACCCAUCAUCUCUGGUGGGAACUGGCUCAUAAACGGGCUAUCCUCUCUGCGCGGCCACCGUCGGGCCUCAUCAGGGGACCGGCUGAAGGACACAGGCUCCGCGCAGAGACUCUCCACCUAUGACAAUGUGCCCCCAUCCAGUCACUUUCCUAGCACUGCCAGCAUGGCCAGCAUGUUGUGGUCUGUAGCCUCCUCGUCGCGAGAGGCCUCUGUUAGCAGCUGCACAGCCUGCCGGGCCAGCGACUCCUCCGCCUGCAGCUCCCUACACACCGAGUGGGCUCUUGAGCCCUCUCCCCUUGCCAGUAGCAGUGAGGACCACAGGUCACCAGACCUGGGCCACAGCCUGGACGAGGCGUGUGUGGGCAGCGGCAGCAGUGAGCCCAAUGACCCGGGCAGCCCCACACAGGCUCAUGCCCACCGCUGCCGGGCUCUCCAGGACCAAGUGGACGAGCUCAGGGCAGAGCUGUACCAACAGAGGACUGAGUACGAACGGAGUCUGAAAAGCAUCGAGGAGGGCAGUGCUGACUUGCGGAAGCAGAUGUCCCGGCUGGAAGAGGAGCUGGACCAGGAGAGGAAAAAAUACACCAUGCUGGAGAUAAAGCUUCGGAACUCGGAGCGGGCACGUGAGGACGCAGAGCGCAGGAACCAGCUGCUGCAGAGGGAGAUGGAGGAGUUCUUUGCCACCCUGGGAAGCUUGACUGUCGGGACCAAAGGGACCAGAGCCCCAGAGUGAAGGGAGUAGAAGUAUGUCUGAAUGUGUCCGCUCACUCUCCCUGCAGGGCUGGCCACAGACUGCAGAGGAAGCCAGAAGCUUCAAGUUUGGGUCUGGCCACCAGCAGGGCCAUCUGUCCCCAAGCACCACAUAGAAAGAGCCUGACGCCCCCACAGGGACUGUCAGGAUCCCACACAGUCCAGGCAGGAUCUGGAUGCUUCUCCAAACCUAUGGGUCCCAGCAGGUGUCAGGGGACAGUGCCAAGAUCAGCAGUAGCCUCUUACCCAGGAAAAGUCCCCAGUGGCCAUCCAAAAGGAUGGUACCUGAGAGCAGGGCCACCGCCAAGAACUUAACUCGUUAUUAAAUGUGCUCUGAAAGCA